CAGAGGCUGUUCAGGAAGUGUCCAAGAUCUUAUGGCCGAAGUUUACAGUGAAAUGAAGCUCUCGUCGCUGUUUGGUUUCUUUUGCAGAUUCACGAGUCUUGUCGAUUAAAACGUUUGCGUCAGUGUGUCCGCUUUUGCCACAGCCUUUUGUUAUAUGCAUUCGCGUUGUGCUUUUGUACUUUCGCUCCAGAUAUCCACUGCCAUAUUGUCAGUCACUGCCUUAAUGUUUGACUUAUGUUUUUUUUACAAAUUAUUUAUCUCGCUCCCUCGACCCUGCUCUCUUGCUUGUGCUAACGUUGUCAGUCAACAGCUUUGAGAAGCCAAACCUGCGAAUCCAAACGAAGCGUUGGUUAAUUUAGUUUUCGCUUGGCAAUUCGUUAGGCGUAAGGUGAAUGUCUAAUCUUAUCACUAGCCUACAGUAACACCCUUCGUCUGCUAUCUUUUUUGUUUCAUUUGGACACUAUACGCUCAUUCACACCGUGUGUGUUUGGUUUGUCUCCGUUUUCUUUUCCUCUCCUCCACCUCUGCCUGUCUCUCUCUUGGUCUACGUUGCCGACAACACGGUCAGGCCCAGCAAACAGAGACAAACAGACUUACGGGAAGUCAAACACGCUCAAGGGCAGGGAGGAGUGAUGUCAGACCGUGUUCAUGGAAAACGAGAAUGAGUGUGGAAGCGAAACGGAUACUGACGAGAAGAUCCAGAUGUUUGGAUGACACAGAUGUGACCUGUCAACUGGACAGGUGAUUGGGGGACGGCAUGUUGGCGUCUCCCGGUAGUGUGGCGGCGGUGGCGGAGGCGAUAGCGGUGGCGGAGGUGGAGGCGGCGGCGGUGGCGGCUGCUGGGGGCGGCGAUGACGUGGAGGAGAUGGACACCUCGGAGCCCGACUGGGCCUGGUUCUACCUGGCAGAGUGCGGACACUGGCACAUGUUUGGCACCGAUCCGUUUGCGGCGGCGUCUGUGAACAGCCAUGUGAUCGAACAGAGUUACAACCGGAAUCGCCAUGGCUGCGUGGAGUUCCACACUCACAAAUACGCCUACAGAAUAGACUUUAAAGACAUGAAGCAGACAAACUUGUCCACGGGAAGGCAGCGCGCUGUCAAGAGGGCCCUGCAGUCUGUGACGAGCUUCAGGUCCAUUUGUGAUACCCCUGCAGUACCUGUACCCAGCCACUGGGAGGCAGUAAACUCAACUGAGCCGUACCAGCUCAUCCGUCUCAUCCAAGACAGCCACGAGUUUAAGGAGGUCAAAGAGCUUUACGAGAGAACUAUGAGCAACACCAUCCGCUCCAUCCACCGCAUACAGAACAGCGACCUGUGGGAGUUCUUCUGCAGGAAGCGGGAGCAGCUGCGCCGGAUCAGGAGCGGCGUGGAGGUGCAGGAGAGGAUGCUGUUCCACGGGACGAGCGCGCGGAACGUCCAGGCCAUCUGCAUGUUCAACUUCGACUGGCGGCUCGCCGGGAGUCACGGACACGUCUACGGCAAAGGUUCGUACUUUGCCAGAGACGCCCGGUACUCCAGCAAGUUCUGCGAGGUGUCCCAGACGCACCUCCUCAGCCUCCAGACGCACGGGCUGUCUCCAGCAGCAACAGCGGCGUCUGCGUCUGCGUCUGCGUCUGCGUCUCCGUACCGGUGCAUGUUCCUGGCCCGCGUGCUGGUGGGUGAUUACGCGGCGGGUUCCAGCGCGCUCUGCCGGCCGCCCUCCAAGGACGGCACGCUGACCAACGUCUACGACAGCUGCGUGGACGACGCCGGGCAGCCCAAGAUCUUCGUCGUGUUCGACAGCAACCAGGUGUACCCCGAGUACCUGAUCCAGUUCCACUGAGGACGCCACUCGGGAACUACGCGCACACACACACACACACACACACACACACACACACACACACACACACACAUAUACACACACACACACACACACACACACACACACACACACACACACGCACACACACACACACACACACACACCCACACACAUGCACGAUAACCCCGAGUACCUGAUCGAGUUCCACCGAGAUGCCACUCGGGAACUACGCACACACACACACACACACACACACACAUACACACACACACACACACACACACACACACGCGCGCACACGCACACACACACGAUAACCCCGAGUACCUGAUCGAGUUCCACUGAGACGCCACUCGGGAACUACACACACACACACACACACACACACACACACACACACACACACACACACACACACACACACACACACACACACACACGAGAUGACCAGGACGUGCGCCUGUGACUGAGACUUGUCUCCUGCUGCUGCUGUGCAGGCGACUGCUCCACUCUCCUCUGCUGGAGGAGCAGCUGUGUAAUGGAGACUUUUGUAUUUUGGACCUUCUGGGAUCAUGUAUUAAAAAGAUAUAUUAUGCUGAAUAGGC